UGGUGCCCAGUAGACCCGAUGAUGCACCAGCGCACACCGCACGCCAGCUCGGCCAGUGCGCUCCUUGCUCAACUCUGACGUAACCUCAAGGACACUUCCACUCUCGAAGUCUGUCAGUGUGCCACCGCGCUAUGGCCGCUCAACCCGCACUCCUGACGCUUCUGGCAAUAAUCGGUGUUGUGUCUGCCUCUGUGGACACCCAAAGGUACCCCAAUAGUCAGGAGCCACUGACGAUCAAGGGCAUCGUCACUUCAAUCAGGUACGCCCUGAGCGCAUCGCCCACCUACCUCGCCAAGCAGCGGUGGCACUUCGACCCCGAGGUCUCCAAGAGGCGAAACCGCGAGUACGAGAGGAUUCAUGGCCAUCACUCCGUCUACCUGAUAGAACGGUUGGGUCUAGGAGAGGACGGAAGGGAGGAGGAGAGGCGAAGACAACAAGCCAUCAGGGACAUCGGCGUACCCAUCACCGGGUAGGCGGCGACACAGAAGAGGGAGCCGAGGACGGGCACAGAAGAUUUCAACUGGAAAGGAAAUCUACUGGAUUGAAAUCGUCGAACACGAAGUUCACUAUGACUGGACAACAGAUAUGGACAGCAAAUAAUGAAUAUGGUGCUUGUGUCGCCUGGAGAUGUUAUAAUUACUUUGUAAAAUAUAGUUCAUAAGUCAUGUAAUUAAUUGAAUUGUUUGUAAUUAUAUUGUUUUUAAUGUUUA